CGCGUUAGAGACUUAGCACGCCAACGCGUCUUCUAUAUUAACAAAGAAGGCUUCCUCCCUGCCUUUAAGGACGCGUUUUUUAACAUGUUUAUAGACGAAAAUCGCAAGGCCUUUAAGGCAUUAGGGCUAGUCCCUACUAACGCGCAGGUAGUGUUGGAUUGCCUUAAGGUGCGACACUGUACCCUACUAGCACCCCCUCUACUAGAGACACUGUGGCAGUUAAGGACUCUAAGUAAUACACACAAGUUUAGGUCUUAG